AUGGAUUCCCCAACGGAGUUUGCGCCUUCCCAAGAAGCAUCGACUUCUGCGUCACCGGAUGAAACCGCCACUAAUCAAAUUAUCGAAGCUCUAAAAAAAGAUUUGGAUAGCGCGAAGACGGAAAUAAGUACGUUUCGAAAGGUAGAAAAUACGUUGAAGCGGAAGCUUGAUGUGACGGAACGAGAGCUGAAGAAUUUAAAAAGUAUUUCAGCCAGUUCCUCCACCGAGAAUCCUGAGAGACAACGCGAUUUAUUGUUGAUGCAAUUGCAUGAAACGAUCGGGAACUUGACGGCCAAGUUAUCCGAGAAGAGUCAGGAAUGCAAUGGGUUGAAUAUAGAGCUCAAAAGGCUUACAAAAAGGAGCAAACUGCGGGGAUCAAGCGAGACUGGAUCCGAUCAGGUGGCAACGUUAGAAGCUGAAAAUAGAAGCUUGCGUGAGCAGAGGGAUGAAGCUUUAGCCAAGGCAAAGCUCUCUGUUCGUCUCCACCGUGCUAACGAGGCUCUAAAGAAGAAGCUGCGAGGUAGGCUCCAUCAACGAGACAAGCGAUUGGCGAGAGCAGAAAGGAAAUCUUACGAUGCUGUUUUGAAGAAUUCGAACGGCCCAGCUUCACCAACCGAGCAGAAUCAGCCUGACAAGAACGGACGAAUUCUGGAAGUCGAGGUCCUAAAUGAUUGCGUGGAUAUUAGCGAUUCAGAAGACGAGAGGCCAUCUUCAGCUUCAGAAGAUGACGUUGAGUAUGUGGAGGAAGAGCUGGAACAAGUC